CGCAGCCCGUUCUACUCCCCUUUCGAUUUGUCUCUUUUGUUUGCAUUGGCACUGGUGCCCGAUAGCUACUUUGUUCACUCCGAAAGUCCAUCUGUCUGUUCUUGUUCGAACAACAUUCCCUAAAACUAUAAAUACUCUGGACCGUGUCACCACCCCUAUAAUUACCAUGUCUCCCAACACCACCAAGCCCCAUAUCGUUCUCCUCAGCCUCGAGCACGAGACUUUCCACGACUCGGCUCUUGCCCCUAUCGUUGCCGCCAUCGAAGCCAAGGCCCACAUCGUCCAUGCCAAAAACAACCUGGCCGCUCUCGAGGCCAUCGCUCGUAACCCCAAGGGUAUUCUCGUCACCGACGCCGGAGUUGAGCGUGCUGAGGCCGCUCGCGUUCUCGCCGCUCUUGUUCAGUACACCCGGAAUGGCGGUACCGUCGUAUUUGCUGGCCAGUUCAGCAGCAACAUCUCUUCGGUCGAGCUCGAUACCUUCUUCCGCCCAUGGGGUCUCAACUGGAGCUGCGGUUCCUACACCCGCUCUACCCACCAUCUCAGCCCUCGCAGGGCUGAGAGGCUUCAUGGCAACGACAAGCUUUCCUACGAGUACACCAUGAAGGCCGUCAACCUCAAGGUUCCUUUCGACCACCACGUCUUCUACGGUGCCAAGGACGAGUGGGAUGAGGCGCCUGCCGUCUACGCUCGCGUUGACGAAGGUUGGGUGGGCUAUCUCGGCGACGUCAACAGCGAAGAGCCUUCCGUCGAGGUUAUUCUCUCCAUGUUGAACCUGAUUCACGAGCACGUUCAGAACAAGCCCCACGUCGUCAUCCUCAGCCUCGAGCAUGAAGAUUUCCACGACGCCGUCUUGGCCAACCUUCGCGUCGCCCUUGAGCGCCACUCGCACGUCUCUCACAUCAAGCACCACUCCACUGCUGUUGACGCCAUUGCCCGCAACCCCAAGGCUAUUCUCGUCACCGACGCCGGCAUCAAGCGCCGCGAGCACUCCCACGUUCACGCCAAGCUCGUUGAGUACACCAAGUGGGGUGGAAUCGUCGUUUUCGGUGGACAAUUCAGCAGCAAUGUUUCCCCCGUUGAGCUCGACAAGUUCUUCACUGCCUGGAAUUUGGACUGGAGCUGUGGCUCUUACCGCCGCUUGUUGUACAACUUGAACCCGGCUCGCUACGAGAAGCUCAAGGGCAACGACAAGCUGGCUUUCGAGUACAGCGUCAAGGCCCUCAACGUCAGGGUCAACAACUCCGCCCACGCCUUCUACGGUCCCUCUGCCGACAGCGGUUCAGUUACUCCCUCGACCGUCAGCGACUGCACCCACCGCUCCGCAGUCGGCGACGACGAGGCCCCAGCUGCGUACGCCAAGGUCGGUGACGGUUGGGUCGGCUACCUCGGCGAUGUCAACUCCGAGGAUGCCUCCGUUGAGAUCGUUUUGUCCAUGCUUGGUUUGCCCGAGGUCUACCACAGGCCCCCUGUCCUCGUCAUCAGCCUCGACUGGUGUGCCGAGCACUCAUCUUCCCUGGCGCACGUUAUGGCCGGCCUCGAGAAGAAAGCGAUCAUCACUCACGUCAAGGACAAGGCUUCUGCCCUUUCCGCCAUCGACAACUCCAAGUUCGACGCGAUCUUCGUUACCGACGCCGGUAUCGAGCACAUCGAGGCCGUCAAGGUCCUCGCCUCCCUCGUCGAGUACGCUCUCCAUGGCGGUCUCGUUGUCUUCGGUGGCCAGUUCGCCUCCCAGGUCUCCGCCGUCGAGCUCGACACCUUCUUCCGUCGUCCUUGGGGUCUCUCAUGGACCUGCGGCUCCUACUCCCGCAUUGUCAGUACCUUGAACCCACGCCGUGCUGACAUCCUCAAGUCCGGCGACAACGAGAGGCUCACGUUGUCCUACGGCAUGAAGGCGUUGCAGAUCAGGGUGUCCUCCGCCGAGGAUGUCUUCUACGGUGUCGCGGAUACCAAGGCUCCUGUCAAGCCCUUCACUGCACCACCAGUCCUCGAUUACGAGGAGGCUCCGGUUGUGUUCUCAAGGAUCGGGAAGGGUGGUGUAGGAUAUGUUGGGGACGUCAACAGCGAGGAUUGCUCGACGGAGGUUGUGUUGAAGUUGCUCGGGCUUGACCGUUGCGUCUUUUGAAACUCACGAUCGAUCGACCUCUUUCCUUUCUCAUAUUCAUGACAAAAGUGUGGCGAUUUCUACUUCUUUGAUAACGGGCUGGAAAUCACUCAUUGGCAAUGUUGGGGCACGUUGUCGGUGAAGAAGGCCAUGUCUCUGUUCAAUAUCAUCACCGUAAUUACUUGCACCUAUGUUCCCCUGCUCUCAUGACCCCUCUAUGGCAAUGCAUUUUUUCAUGUCUCG